CACCGUCCGUCCGAUGGCCCAACCCGCAGCGGACUCAUCGUAACGGCCAGAUUCAGACGCCGAUUUACCACCACGAUCGUGGUGUCAGUCUUUCGACCGUCGGACGCUUGAAACCGACGAGACAUCUCGAAUCAGUGACAGACCAGCGACGACUGCCAUGAAGCCCGACCAGCAUCGCAGACACCACCGCCACCAGCACCAACUGCACCGCCGCGGUCGGUGUCGCGGGCCACCAUUGGUCGCGGCCGUGGCGCUGUGGGCCGCGGUGGCCUGCGUCACGGUGCCCACGGCCUCGCCGUCUCCGGCCACCGGUGACAUGAGCCUGUUGACCAUGCAGCGCAUCAAGUCUUACGUGGACGACACGUGUACGUUGGACCCGCACUGCCAGUGGACGUGGGACUCUCUGCCAAACGGGCUGCGGAACGUGACCGCGGAUGAAGCCGCGACUGCGGUGCCGGAAGACUACCUGUUCCCGCCGGGCGACGACUCUGAGAAACCAGGACAAAGAG